CUUUAAUUCCGCCAGCUUGGACUCGGUGGCUUUGGGAUAGGCCGUAAAAGCCACCCAACAAGGCGUUGUGUAGAAAUACCGAGUCGAACCGAGACUAAAUAAAGCUCGAGUUCUGUUUUAGGGCGAAGAAAGAUGCGGAGAAAAUGAGGGGGGAAACGACGGAAGUGGAAGCGCUUUCGCAUUUUAACGGUUUCGUUCGGUGUCUGACGUCGAUCAGAGCGUAAUGAGCAGAGUUGGAGAAAGAAGGGGCUGAGCAGCUUUUUUUUUUUUUUUUUUUUUUUUUUUAUUCCUCAACUGAUCAGACAACUUGGACCGGACUGAACUGCUCUGUGAUCCGGAGACAAACUAUGGGCAGAGGGCUCUGAAGUUCCAGGCGGAGCAGCCGGGACCCGGGGCUCUUAGGAGGCUUCAAAUGAUUCCUGCCUGAUCUACAGCUGAGGACUCAGGAUGACUCAGCACCAGGGGGAACCCCCAAAUAAUAAGUGAAGAACAAUAAGGAUGGGGGCCAAUGGGUCUAGCUAUCCACACUCCUGCUCCCCACGUAUAGGGGGAAACACACAGACGCAGCAGACCUUUAUAGGGACAUCUUCGUACUCUCAACAGGGAUAUGGCUGGGAGUCCAAGCUGUACAGCCUGGAGCACGGCCAUGAGCGACCAGCAGACAGAAAGAAGAAGAGCCUUGGGCUCGCAACACUCAAACGAAGGUUCAUCAGAAGGAGGAAGUCCAGCCGCUCGGCGGAUCACGCGCGGCAGAUGCGCGAGCUUCUGUCAGGGUGGGACGUCCGAGACACAAACGCCCUGGUGGAGGAGUACGAGGGGACGGCAGCCCUCAAGGAGCUGAGCUUCCAGGCCAGCCUGGCCCGCGCCGAGGCGCCCAGUUUGCCGCGGGAUCUGGCUGCUCUUUACCAGCACAAGUAUUGCACUGAUGUAGAUCUCAUCUUCCAAGGUACCUGCUUCCCAGCUCACCGCGCCAUCCUGGCUGCACGAUGCCCCUUUUUCAAGACUUUGCUUUCUUCUUCUCCUGGUUAUGGAGCAGAGGUUCUCAUGGACAUUGACACAGCUGGUAUUGAUGUGCCCAUGUUCUCUGCCCUGCUUCAUUACCUGUACACUGGGGAGUUUGGGGUGGGUGGAGCAGAGGAUACCAGGCUGCAGAACGUGGAUGUCCUUGUUCAGCUCAGCGAGGAGUUUGGUACUCCCAACUCUCUGGAGGCAGACAUGAAGGGCUUGUUUGACUACAUGUGCUACUAUGAUGCUCUCCUCAGCUUUUCCUCUGAUUCCGAGAUGAUAGAAGGCUCUAAUGAGAGAGGAGCUGUGGCCGCAGUGCCAACAGGGAGUUCAGGAGGCAGUGGGGCACCGGGGACCCCAGAUGAGGACCUUAGGGCUCACAAGGCCAUCCUCUCAGCACGCUCCCCUUUCUUUAGGAACCUUUUGCAAAGACGAAUUCGCACAGGAGAAGAGAUGACAGAGCGCACGCUGCAGACACCCACCAGAAUAGUGUUGGAUGAAUCCAUCAUUCCACGGAAAUACGUGCAGGUCAUCCUUCACUGCAUGUACACAGAUGUAGUGGACCUCGGGCUGGUGCUGCGUGGCAGCCCUUCAUCCUGCAGCCUGGGUGAGGUGCAGGCCCUUGUUUCAGGAUGCAGAGGGGCCAGCACACGCACAGAGGAGGCCAUGGAGCUUUACCACAUUGCACUGUUUUUGGAGUUCAGCAUGCUGGCUCAAGGAUGUGAGGACAUUGUUGUGGAAAGCUUAUCCCUGGACUCCCUGGUGCCCAUCCUGAAGUGGAGCUCCCAGCCGUAUGGCUCCAAGUGGGUCCACAGGCAGGCCGUGCACUUCCUCUGUGAAGAGUUCAGUCAGGUCGUCACCUCUGACGUCCUCUAUGAGCUCGGCAAAGAACACCUCAUCAGCGCCAUUCAGUCUGACUACCUUCAGGCGAGUGAACAGGACAUUCUGAAGUAUGUUGUAAAGUGGGGCGAGCAGCAGUUGAUUAAGAGGAUGGCAGACAGGGAGCCCAACCUGCUGAGCGGCACGGCCCACAGCGUCAAUAAGAGAGGCGUCAAAAGGCGAGACCUGGACGUGGAGGAGCUGAGGGAGAUCCUCUCUCCACUCCUGCCCUUCAUCCGAACCGAGCACAUCCUGCCUCCCAACAGUGAUGUCCUCGCCGACGCCCUGAAGAGGGGUUUGAUCAGCACCCCUCCGUCAGACAUGUUGCCCACAGCUGAAGGGGGCAAGGCUAACUCCUGGCUACGGCAGAAAAACGCAGGGAUCUAUGUGCGUCCUCGUCUCUUCUCUCCAUACGUGGAGGAAGCCAAGUCUGUGCUGGAUGAAAUGAUGGUGGAGCAGACAGACCUGGUACGUUUGAGACUGGUGCGCAUGUCAAACGUCCCGGACACUCUCUACAUGGUCAACAAUGCCGUGCCUCAGUGCUGUCACAUGAUCAGCCACCAGCAAAUGGCAGGAAGCUCCAGUUCGGCUCCGUCGGUCGUAGCCAAUGAAAUUCCAGUGCCUCCUCUGUCUGUGGUGAAGGAUAUGAUCCGCCGGCUGCAUGAGCUGAGGCACACAGAGCAGGUCCAGAGAGCUUACGCUCUGAACUGUGGAGAGGGAGCCACGGUGAGCUAUGAGCUGCAGCUGAGGGUGCUGAGGGAGUUCGGCCUGGCAGAUGGAGCCACGGAGCUGCUGCAGAAUCCAUCCAAGUUCUUCCCAGAUGAGAGGUUUGGAGACGAAAGUCCGAUUCUGGCCCUUCGCCAGGUGAGCCGCUGUCGUGUGAACAGCAGCCCGGCUAUGGACAGCAUGAUAACAGAGCUAGACGGCGUCCCAGGCCUUCACCCUCCGCUGCCUCCUCCACCCCCUCCCUAUCACCCCCCCGCCACGCCCAGUCACACCCAGCUCAAAGGAGGCUGGAGACCUCGGGUUCCCAUGCCCACCCCCACCCGCUCCUUCUCCUACCCCUGCAACCGAACCUUGAUCCAGCGGCAUGCAGCUUCCAAGCAUGGCAGUUCGGAGUACUCCUCGGCGCCACGGUCUCAGCCCCCAGACUGCACCAACCCCCAGGCUGCAGGCAGACCCCUGCCCUCAGACCAGCAUGCAAUGGGUGCGGAGCCUAUGAUGGGGGGGUUUAUGCCGGAUAUCGCGCUCGGUGUGUCCGUCAUGUCUCUGAGGGAGCAGCACAUGGCCGACAUGGACAGAGAAGGCCCUCACAGCCCCAUGGGGCCUCCAGGUCACCAUCUACCCCAUGGACCCUGCUCUUCUGUGCGCCUCAGCCACGGUUAUGGUCCUGGGCAUGGUCAUUCCUGCAAGAGGCACGCCCCAGAGCCCAAGCUGGAGGCACAGGUGGAGUUCCCUGACCUCUAUGACUUUUCCUGCAGACCUACAACCCCCACCUCAUCUCAUCCUCUGCCCUCGUUCGGAGGACCGGACCUCUACAGCCACAGCUGCACGCAGUCAGGCUUCUACCCUCCUCCUUAUGUUUCUGAUUGUCAGACCCACGGCCACCUGCAGGGACGGACUGCUCCAGACCCACUACGACUGGAUGUCCUCGGCAUAAAAUCUCAGAGACACGAGGGAGUCCUUUCCAGUCCCUCUGGAGCUCAGCCUAGGACUGGGCAGUUUCCAAAGGGACGACCAAAUGAGACGGACCUUACCCACGGUUUGGGUCAUUUCCGCUCCCCUAGUGGAAACAUGGACAGCUAUGAUGAGAGGCACACUGGACCCAGAGAUGCUCCAGAGGAGAUGGUUCUAGGCGGAGACUCGUCAGGCCCAGGGCCCCUCCAACAGUCUCACAGGAACAGUGUUGGAGAAGAACUCCUUAGAGACCGCAGGUCCCCCAGCAAGCCCGAUUACCCCUAUAAGAAAUCUGCACUUUAACCCCAGUUCAGGAGCAGGGGUUGAGUUAGGAAAAGGGAAGAGAAAAAAAAGAAGAGUAUCUGUUCAGCAGAGCACUAAAUGUAAUAUGUGUGAGUGAAUAAGAGAACUGUUGGUAUCUUCUGUCCUACCUCUAUUACUGUGCUCCCAUCACACAGUCGGAGUUUAAAGGGGAAGUUGGUCGACAUUCUGUCUGCUCAGUCCUGCUCCUUUACAGGAUUAAUGCAAAUCUUCUCUCAUGGUAUAAUCUCAUGACUUGGAUCAGCUGGAGUUCUGCAGAAGAUGCUGUGGAAAUCUGCAGAGCUCAGUUAUAGGUUGAUUAGUGAACCUCCGGGUUGAGAUGGAAGGAUAAAUUCUCAGUUCAUCUAACUGAGAAACAGCACACAGCCUGCGAAUAAGUAAUGCAAUGAAACAAUAGUGUUAGUAUAGAUGCACUCGGCUGGGUUCUGCAUCUGCGUUUCUUUAUGUAGCAUGUCUGAAAAACACGUUCUCCCUCCUGGCCCCUCACCUUUCAUCUGAGACAGGAAGUAUGUUAUCAGACUGCAUCAUUCCUUGGUAAUGAGUGUGAUAACAGUGCAGGAUGUCAAGGCUAACUUUGUAUCUCUGGUUUAGAGGAGGGGCCAGAGGACAGUGUCAUUGCUGAGGUAGAGAGGAAUCUGCGUGCUGUGAUUGUCUUGCAUUAAAAAAAAGCCUGGUUAGGAAGUUUGGUCAAUCAGAGAGGCCUUUAGGGACCUUCAGCUAUUCUGGAGCAAGUAAGCUUGCAAGAUACACCCAGAUGUUUAGACAGUCUCAGUACCACAGAUCGGAGUCUGAAUGCAGCAGCCGCCAUGUUGUUUAGCAUCAAGUAACCACAUUUAAAGCCUUAAAGAACGCUUCAAAAGUUCUCUUUAUACCACUUUUAUUCACAUCAAAACAUUUCCAUAGCUCCGCUUUGAUUAAGUCACAGUUUGAUCCGUCUUUUCUCUCCAGAACCUGCAGCUUCUCUGAGUGGAUUUCACAGAACACAUUUCAAAACCACAUGUAUAUACCAGGACUUUUCCAAACCUCAUCAGCGCUGGAUGCCCAUGCAGUGUUAAUACAGGUCUAGAUGUUGUUGGAGACCGACUGCAGCUGUAGCUCCAAAACCUGCAGGUCCACAACCAAUCGGAGCCGACUGAAAACCUCACUGACCCCCCCAACCCCGGUCUGUAGGGGCCCUUUUAUUAUAGAAGAACAAAUAAAGUCUCCAUCUCAAACUAAACGUAACAGACGUUCAAUAAAGGUUGGCCAGUGCUGGUUCAGGUCUCCGAUGAGAAAUUGUGUAUAUAUUGAGUUGAGUCCAAAUCAUUCAGAUAACUUCUUUUUAAUAGCGUCUGUCACAUUUUCGUGGUUGUUGAAGGUCUGUGUGUUUUUAACUGUAGUGAACAACACUGUGUGCUUGUCUUUGUCAUGAAAUCUCACCGAGGAUGUUUGCUAUAAAACAAAGAUCGUGUUUUUUUUUCUGUUUUUUUUCUCAUGAAAUGUUACACAUUAAAGACAUUUCUUUUAGCUGAUGUGAAGAAGGUGUUUGCAGAUCUGUAGAUGUGAGGAUCUUUCUUCUCUGCUUUGCAUUGAUAGAGCUGCUGAGCAGUCUUAUUUUUUUUAUGUAUUCCAACAAGUUACUUCACGGGGAAAAAUGCAAAAAAAAAAAAAAUCAUAUUCCCCAUCUUCAUGUUUGGUAGCUUUUAAUAAUUAUUUUUCCUGGACUUUUUUCCGCUGAGUCCCAGUCGUUGUUUUGCUCUGUGCUGUGGAGGAGUCGGUGCCUUCCCCUGCCUGCGGCCGGGCUUUUAUUGGAGGAGUGACUUUGAUGUCUAUGCAAGCUCUUUUCUACCAGCUUACCAGCAUGCAUUAGAUAGUUCUUUGAAAAACCAUGUAGCUCGUUUUGUGUACAGUGUUAUUUAGCAGCUUUUUAAAAAAACAAAACAAAUCAACCAUCAGCCGUGUGUUGAAUUGAACAGGUACAUUGUACUUGUAUGCUAUUGUUAGAAACAUGUUUGUAGAUUAAUAUUAAGUUGCAUUUAGUUUCACUGAAUCUAUUUUUCUACUGUUGCCUCAGAAGGUGCAUCACAGUGGUAAACUAUGGCAUUCUAAAAAUAAACACUUUAAUAUUAUCGUA